AUGCUUCAUUAUUCGUUAAAGUCUUUAGUUCCUACAACAUCUCUUUCCAAAGGAAUUUUUCAGUUAGAAAAUGAAUUAUUUUUUGCAACAAAUACAUUUAUUUUUAGAGUUAAAGAGGGUGAAUACAAAAUAUGUGGUAUCUUAGAAGGAUAUGUUAGACAAUUUAUAUGUAAACAAAGUAUACUUUAUGUAAUUACUGAAGACAGCCUAGUUUUAAUUUACGAUUGUAAAAAUAUUGCUUCCCUAAAAUGUGUUCCUUACAGUUUACUCGUUUCUGAAAAAUUUAUUGUUCUGGGUACUGAAUGUUUUUUAGAAGUUUGGUACACACCAAAAGAAUAUAAAUUUGGAAUGUUUGAUUUACAUUCGAAAGUUAAGGCUCACAAUGACAUAAUUUCUUGUUUAUUAUUUCUUACUGAUAAAAUUGUUAUUACUGGUAGCAGAGAUUGUAGUAUUAAAACAUACAAUUUACAGACUAAAGAUGUUGAUAGACUUAUAAGUACAAAAUCUAUUCCUGUUAAAAUUUGUCUAAUAAAAGAUUACAUAGUUGUUAUUUGUGAAGAAGGGCAAAUAUACUAUGUAAACAUUUUGACCAAAAAAAUCGAUCAUAAAAUUUUUAAAAAUGCGACAAUUAGUUGUGCGGAUCAGUUUGAGAAUCUAAUUUGCAUUUGUGUUUUCGAAAAUGCGAAAUCGACGAUUGAAAUCAUUUCGGAACAAACAACAAUUUAUAGUUUUGAUACUGUUAACAUUAUAACAGAAAUUGGCUUAUGUAGAAAUAAGGUGGCAAUUAAAGGACCGAAUUUUGUAGGAAUAUUAAAUUUUGAGAUAGAUACUUAUAUUUAUUCAUUAGAUUUACCGCAAAUAUCUUGCUUUGAUAUCUAUAAUGAGUUAUAUUGUGUGGGGUGUACUGAUAAAAAAAUACGACUUUACGAUGAUAAGAAAUGCAUUAGGACAUUAUAUGAUGAGAAAAAUACGCAUCCGUUACUUGAUGUAUAUUUUUUAAGUGGUUCGGUGUUAUCUUUAGCAGUAAAUGGAUAUAUAAGUCUUUUUGAUAUAAAAAAUAGCACUUGUUACAGAUCUUUUAAUAUACCUGUAAAAAUAAGUGCGUCCGCUAUUUGUGAUGACGGAAUGCUUUUAUUUUUAGCUGAUUAUGAUUCUUACAAGAUACGGGUUAUAGAUUUGCAAAGAUCAAGGGAAAUUGACAAUCUUGAAGGACAUGAAGCGCCAGUCAAAAAUUUGUAUUAUGCUGAUAAUUAUUUAUUUUCUUUAUCUACCGAUAAUGAAUUGAAUAAAUGGGAUGUUUACAAAACUGAAUGUAUUUCUACUAAGCUUGAAAAAACAGCGAUAAAUUUUAUUGUUAAAAAUCAAAAAAUUUAUAUUGUACUUAUAAAUGAAAUUAUAAUUUAUAAUUUUGAUCUCGAGUUUUGCGAUUCUAUACUUUAUAAAUCUAUAAAAGCUUUAGAAAAUAUAGAUGUCAGUUUUGAUCUAAAAUACUUAUUUUUAGCUGGUGAAUCGAACAAGUUACAAAUAUUUGAUAUUAGUAAUAAUUCAAUAGAACAAACCGUCAAAGUAUCCAGGAAUACAAGGUGGAAGAAUUAUAGAGAAAUUUUAUUUAAGAAUCAGAAAGAAUCGUGUGACAAAUCUGAAAAAAUUGAAGUACUAAAAUUAAUUCACAGUAAAAAUCAAUAUAAGUUUACUUAUCUAAGCAGAGAAGGUAUUUUUACUUAUGAAAAAUCAACGAGCAAAUAUUUACCAUUAUGUCUGGAUUUAGAAACUACUGUAGAGGCUAUUACAAAAUAUUUAGAAAAUAAUAAGUUUUUAAAUGCACUGAUAGUAGCCUUGAAACUUAAAGAAACACAAUACGUAAAGCAAAUUCUCAUUACUGUACCGGAAAACGAAAUUGAAUUUGUUGUAAAAUUUUUACCAUCUAAUAUGAUUGAGGAUUUCAGAAUUUUCUUGAUCUACCAAAUAAAUGACAAUUUUAAUCUUAUAAGGAGUUAUAUCUGGAUGCGAAAUUUAAUAUAUUACCACGGAAAAGGAAAUUUCGAACAAAAAGUAUGCAAAAACUUGGGCGAAGAGGCUUAUAAAACUACAUUAGAAAAUACUUUUAUUUUCGAAAAUUUGAUAGAAUAA